AUGAAGGCCUUAAUUCUAGUGCUGACAUUAACCCUUGUGGAAGGUGAUUUAAAUCAAAAUAAAGCUGCCACAUAUGAUUACGAAUCUGCAAUUUCGACUAAAUUUCUUGAAAAAGGUGUUGCAAGUGCUGGAGUAAAAGUGAAAUGUCAAGUAGAAAUUUUCAAUAUUGCACAAGACCAGAAAGCUCUAUCGGCUCACUCUUGGGAAGUGUAUAACUACAAUGGCAUCGACCCACGGCACAGUUUCAUUCCGGCACCCAAAUUGACAGAAUGGUUUGAGAAACAGACCAAGGACACGAUAGUUACAUUUCAGCACAGGAAUGGUCAUGUUGAAAAUAUCAUGGCUCCAGCACACACCAAAGAAAGUGUGAUUGGUUUAGUUAAAGGAAUAUUGAGUAUAUUUGAAAAUACCCUGAAGACGGACGAGAAAAGCUAUACUUUACGAGAGAAUGGUAUUGCAGGUAAGUGCAACACAACAUACCUCAUUCGAAGUGGAGGGAAAGCCGAUGAGAUCUUAAUGACCAAGUCCAAGGACUUAAAUGACUGUGAUAACAAAGUUUUAAAGGUUGUUGGUGCUGCAUAUGCUACUCCAUGUCGUCUCUGCAAACAGAAAACUGAACAUUUCCGAGCCACAUCUACAUCUAACUACAGAAUCAAGAGAGGGAAAGAGAGAAUGAUUCUGCAGGCUGAUGUUCUUGAAAUCCGACAGGUCACACCAUUCAAUGAAUUAACUGGAAGAAAUGUCUUAAUGGAGGCCAGGCAGAAAAUGGUAUUCAUCGGUUCACAGGACCGCUUGCCACAUGUGCCUUCUGACUUGAAGAAAUUCGGGUCACUUCACUACAAGUUUGACAGGGAACUUCCUCCUCUUCCUGUUCAGUUAUUACACAUCAAGAACCGAGAGAGAGCGAUUGAGGAUGGAUUGCAGUAUUUGGCAGAGCACCCAAAUGAGAAGCUUCCAAACAACAAAGGAUUGAAAAUGAUGCAGGUUACCCAACUUUUACGUGACGAAAAUGAUACAAGGUCUUUGGGAUUCUUGUUUGAAAAAUAUCACAACCGGCCACAAUACAGAUCCGCCAUUUUGGAUUUAAUUUCUGCUGUUUGUAGUCCAAAUGCAAUUAAAUUCCUGAGGCACAAGAUUGAUCAGCAAGAAAUCACCAGCAUUGAAGCAACAGAGACAUUGUUUGUGUUCUUCCAUUUCUGCCCUGCCUCUCAAGAAGUAGUAGAAGAAGCUAUGUUAAUUGUGACAAAUGUUCUCAAAGGCCCAAAUACUCUCCAUCACAAAAUUACCUGCCUUGCAUAUGGAGCCUUACUUAACAGAUACUGUUCUGCUGCAGACACCUGCCCUGACAAAUACAUCAAGCCUUUGACUGAUUUUGCAACUAAAGCAACACGUGCAUCUGAUGUAGAAGGAAUAGUCCUAGCUCUGAAGACUUAUGGAAAUGUGGGGGAUCCAGCCGUUCUGAAGCCCAUCAUGAAAUGCAUGCCAGCUGCUUCUUCUUCUCGUGGUAACUUCAGAAUUUGGUUUUCUGGUAUGCUGGCUCUAAGAAAUGUUGGCAAGAAAGAUCCUCUGCGGGUACAAGCAAUUACUCUUCAAGAAAUUCUGAACCGAAAGACUGACUCUACACUUCGAAUAGCUGCUAUGCUGCCUCUAUUUGAAAGCAAACCAUCUCUUCCCGUAUUGAUGACCUUGGUAAACUCUAUGCCAAAUGAACCCAGCAUGCAGGUGGUACAUUUUGUCUGCACUUACCUGAGUGCAAUGGCCAGAUGUACAGCUCCUGAUUUACAAGUGAUGGCUUCUGCCAGCAGAAUGGCUCUUAAAGUACUGAGGACCAAACUUGAACAGCCUAGUUAUCGGUUCAGCAGAGCUUACAUGUUGGGUUAUUUCAAAGAAUCUUUUAUGGCUGGUGUAGCAACUAAGGCUGUCUUCAUACAUAAAGAAGGAACUAUGAUCCCAAUGUUUGCUAUGGCCAAAGUCAGAGCAAACAUUCUUGGCAACACCUUUGCUCCUUUGGAGGUCGGCAUAGGAGGUCAAGAAAUACCUCACAUCUUACAAAGAGUAUUUGCAGCCAGUAGAAGUGGCAUCAGGUUCCCUGACUCAAAGGAGCUUACAAAAUCACCAUUCGACCAGAAGAUAAUGGGACAAGGACCAGAUAUUGGAGGAGGAUAUUUUAAAAUGUUUGACCAGGAAGUCAUGUUUCAGAAUCUGAAGCAUGAGAACAUCCAAGAACUAUUCCAGGCAAACCAUGAAAUAAAAAAAUAUGUAGAUUUGCUUAAAAAUCAUCAAACAUUUCAGUGGGACAAGAAUCUUAUGUCUGCAGAAAUCCAUCGUGUUGAGCCUACAUGUACUGGACUCCCUUUGCAAAUAAGCCUUGUUCAUGUUGCUCAAAUGAAAAUCACUGGAAAUGUUCAGUUAUCUAUGACACCCGAGCCAACAUCACAUUGGACUUUGCCUGACCUGAUUAACACCAACAUUAAACUAAAAACCAGGCUGAAUCUCAGCUUGAACAAAGAUAUGAUCUUGACAAUGGGAAUCAUCACACCUGAAAUGCAGGCUGUCCUGGAACAGAAUGUCACAUUGGCUGCAAAUGUCCCUGUGAAUGUUGAUGUUGCAGUAAAUAUUAAGGAAAAGAACUUCAAACUUGAACUUCCACCAUGCAGGCAGGAAACUGAUAUCAUUUCUCUAAGGACUAAGACAUCUGCUGUCACUCGUAAUAUUGAAGAGGCACCUGCUACUAAGUCAACUCCUGUUUUCCUCCCUGACACUAUGUCUAAAGUAAUGCAGGAGCCCUUUGAUUCAGCAUCCGAAGAACUGGAUAAGAGAAAGGACACCAUUUCUUCAGAAAAUAUCCAUUCAGCUGGACAGUCCAAACACCACAUUGCUCCAGUUCAUCACACUGAAUGCUUUGAAGCAUGUACAUAUGGAUGUAAGGCUUGUGUUGAAUGGUCAAACACUUAUCCUGGAUGUUCUCUCGGUGACCCCCUAUACAGCAUAGUUGGUGAACAUGCUUUAAGGUUAACCCUCAAGCAAGCUGAUGCAAGAGCACCAAUUGAGAAGUUAAAAUUCAUAGUUCAAGGAGGUGCUCAUGCUGGAGCACAGAUAGUGCGUUUAUUGAGGAAUGAAGAAAAAGACUUCAGAAUGAAGGCCACCAAGAAAAUAUACAGCUCCAGCGAUAGCUCUGACAGUUCAAGUAGUGAUUCUCAGGACUGGGAUGCAGAUGAAGAUAUAAAUCUGAAGCAAACAUCAGUUGAGAAUAUAAGGAAGAAACAGCAGCAGGACCAAAAGCAUUCUCCUGGGAAGAAUAAGAAGCCUUUUUCAGAUCAUAGAAGCAGCAGCAGUGACAGCAGCAGUAGCAGCAGUGACAGCAGCAGGAGGAGCAGCAGCAGCAGCAGCAGCAAUGGCAGCAGCGACAGCAGCAGUAGCAGCAGUGACAGCAGCAGAAGGAGGAGCAGCAGCAGCAGCAGCAGCGAUAGCAGUGACAGCAGUGACAGCAGCAGCAGCAGUGACAGCAGCAGAAGGAGGAGCAGCAGCAGCAGCAGCAGCAGCAGCGAUAGCAGUGACAGCAGUGACAGCAGCAGAAGGAGGAGGAGGAGCAGCAGCAGCAGUGACAGCAGCAGCGGCAGCAGUGACAGCAGCAGCGGCAGCAGUGACAGCAGCAGCGGCAGCAGUGACAGCAGCGGCAGCAGUGACAGCAGUGACAGCAGCAGCAGCGACAGCAGCAGCAAGAGGAGAAGCAGCAGCAGCAGCAGUGACAGUAGCAGCAGUGAUAGUAGCAGUGGCAGCAGCAGCAGCAGCAGCAGCAGUAGUAGUGGCAGAUACAAGAAAGGCUCCAAGACCCACUCAAGCAGGGGAAAUGCUGCCAGAGGACAGAAGCAUUUUAAGAAGGAUGGCGGCGGCGGCGGCAGCAGCAGCAGCAGCAGCAGCAGCGAAGAACAUUCAGGUCCACAUAGGAUUUAUGACUAUGAAAACAAACAUUCAAAGAGACCAAACAGCAAGCAUGGCUCUUUUCCUACAAGGGUGCAAGGUCUACAAUGGUCCACACUCAGCUUCAAGGAAUACCACCAGUCCAAGCAUCCGGAAGCAUCAAGCAGUUCAUCAUCUUCCUCUGAAUCAAGCAGCAGCUCCAGUAGCAGCAGAAGCAGAAGCAGCAGCAGAAGCAGCAGGGGCAGAAAGAGGAGCAGCAGCAGCAGCAGCAGCGAUUCCAGCUUGUCACAGGGGAUUCAGUCCCAUGGAGAUGCACUUCUACCUUACUUCACUGUUGUGGCUCAGGCAGUUAGGAGUGAUAACAAAGAUCAAGGCUAUAAGUUUUCAAUAUAUAUGAAUCACGGCCAAGACAAACUCCAUUCCAAAAUGGUUGCAACUGAGCUUGCCAAAACCAAAUGGAGAGCAUGCUGGGAUAGCAUUGUCUCACCUUUCAAAUUCCAGAAUGAUGUGAGCUGGGGUAAUGAAUGCCAAGAUUACAGAAUUCAAGUAAAGGGUUCCAGUGGCCAGGUUGCAAGACACACAGCCUUCCAAACAAACUUGAAGUGGACAAAGGUUCCACGCCUCCUACAGAGACUAGCUUCUUGGGCUGAGGGUAUCCUUCCUGGUACUGCAUACAUAUCAGGGUUCACAAGGGUUUAUCAGAAGAAUCCUUCCCGUGAGGUUAUGGUGAGAGCGAUUGCAACAUCUCCUUAUACAGCUGCUAUAGUCUUUAAAGUUCCUGAGGAAACCUUUUACAAAGAUGGCCUGUGUUCCCCAUAUGCUUUACCUGUUCUCCCAAGCCCAUAUUAUCGGACUCCAGAAAUAAAUGAACUAUUUUCGUGGCUAGCCAAUGCAGAUCAAGCUGUAUGUGAGGUGGAUAGAGAAAGGGUGCUGACCUUCGACAACAAGAUAUUCAGCAUUAGUGCAAACAAGCAUGCCUGUGACCUCUUGGUAGUCCAAGACUGCAACAAAAAAGAAAUUCAUGAACCAGAGUUCGUUAUUUGGGUAACAAAGACCAGCUCUGAUCUUCAGAUUCACAUCAAUAUGACUUCAACCUAUAUCAAAAUCUCGAAUUCACUUAGUGUGUUAUAUAAUGGAGAACCAAUUCUGGUUGACAGACAGCAGUUUGAGGAUGACGCAGAGCACAUUAAAAUGUAUAGAAACAAGACCGCUAUUGCUUUGGAGGAUCCAUCCAAAGGCCUGCAGAAUGUGACAUAUAAUGGUAACACAUUGAGAGUUAUAGUUUCUUCAGUGAUGAGAGGCAAUACCUGCGGACUUUGUGGAGACAACAACGGAGAAAUAAGAAAUGAAGGCCAGAUGCCGAAUCGAGAGCUGGCAUCAAGUGACACUGAGUUUUACCGUUCCUGGUUUUUGACAGACAAUUGUGUUACCGAAACUGCAGCCACCUUGUCUGAAUCCCAGAAGACUGUGGCAGCACAACUCUGAGGAGAAGUGGGACUGUGUGAACACUGCCCUGGCAACAUACUUUGAUGCUCAAAGUAACUGAGUUAGCUGGACAGCCACCCUGGGGAUGUAAAU